GUAGCCAAUUGUAGUACUGUAGUGGCGGGCGCAAUGCUAAAGCUGCUGAAGUGCUGAAGGUAGUGACCGUAUUGAACACAGUGUCAUUUCGACAACGAAGCUUCCAGAUAGCGGAAGUACGAUAGGAAGCUACACGAUAGAAAGCAGCCAAAACUGAGAAUGGAGACAGAAGAAGAUGAGAAACUCUGCUUGAACUGCAAGCGGAGGAUAUCAGCCAAGAACUAUUUGAUGCAUACUGUCCACUGCCAGCGCAACAUUGUGCUGUGUCCCACCUGUGAUGAACCAGUGCCAAAGACUGAGAUUGGGAACCACAGCCAGACACAUGUCAAGACGAACUGCCCAAAGUGCCAGAAGCCCCUGGAAAAAUGUGAUAUGGAAGAUCAUGAGAAACACGACUGUCCGAAACGGCUUAUAGCAUGCGCUUUCUGCGAGCUAGAAUGCGCUGCGGACAAAAUGACUGGACACUUGGAAUACUGUGGAAGUCGUACCGAAGAAUGUCCGAAAUGUGGACAGUUCAUUUUGUUGAAAGAAAAGGCGAUUCAUGAGCAAAUGGCUUGCAGUCCACCUAGAGAAGCAACAAGGGGUAGAAGCAAUGAGACUAGUAGCGUUACUGGCGUUGGCUCGGCUCGUUUCGAGGGCUCGAAUUUGUUACCUACAAGACAUGGUGGCCGUGAUCGCAGCAGGUUAGUCGAAGGGCCGUACACCUGGCACCUACAAGCGGAGUUAUCUGACAGGCGUGCAAGCGAAACUAGGAAUGAAUACGGAGGUCAUCUGGACACCUCGAGCGACGAAGACGUCGAAACAGUACUGCUGCCAUGCGAGUUCUGCGGCAAGUCGUUUCCUAUGGAUAACAUCAUCCUCCACCAGUCUGGGUGUGAGCUCGGUGGAGGGAACUUGUUGCGCAAUAAUACCGGUACCCAGCCGCAGUCUGUGUCACCUGCUGGACCUUCUGUGGGCAUUGUGACAAUUCCUUGCGAGUUUUGUGGUGAAUCCAUUUCGGAGAACGACAUUGGGCUUCAUCAGGCGAUCUGCUUGCAAACGCGAAAUGUAGAUGAGAUGCCGUCUGAAAGCAUGGACGUGUCCACACCAGGUGUGACAGCCACGACCGAAGUGCCGGUUGUGACAACUAAUCGCGUGGUGAUAGGCCGGAGUGACAGUGUUGAAAGUGAUGUGACGAUGCUGCCCUGUGAAUUUUGUGAACAACUGUUUCCAGAUCAAAAUCUUCCACACCAUCAGGCUGUGUGUGAUAGAAACCCAGACAUGGCGCUCGCAUCUGAUGAACUAUAUCCCGUCAGUCGUGCUGCCGACCUCCUUGACAGCGUGUUACGGUACGAAGAUCUCGCACCUGUUGUACGAACAAUCCCUCUAACCAGUUCUGUACCCGCUGUGCAAAGUAUAGAUGAAACACUCUCAAGCAGGAUAAACAUCCCUAGAGAAAGAGUUUCGCCCACACCUCCAGAUGCUUCGUCCAGAACAUACCCACUGAUGAGUAACGGAAGGCCUUCUCAACAGCGUGGAGGAAGCAGGCAAACAAGACAGAAAUAAAAGGUGACAAGCAUUCAGCUACCCAGUGAAGUGUAGAGUACCGCAACUGUUUUUCAACAUGGUGAUGUGGAAACAAACUGGAUUGUAAAGGUCUGUCUGCAAAUUUCCAGCGUCUAGUGCAUCAAACUGGAGUGCCUUCUUGAUUUUUCUUCUUGUUUUUCGUUUUGCAGUUUUGAAGCAUUUAUCGUGUACGUUUUGAAUCUAUGCAAGUUACAUCAUAAAUUGUCGUUUGAAAAUAAUCAUUGAAAUCUAUAUUUUAUCUUGCGACGUGUAAAAAUGUAAAAGAAGAGGCGUCAAAUGGCUAGCAUAGCAAUUAUUUAACAGCGGUGCAGCAUACUACUUCCUGGUUGGUACAGUGCUGCCUGGUUUGCAGCACUGUACAUGCCUGUUUCUUUAAGUGAAAAAAAAAAAAAUACUAAUAAGAAAGAAAAAGAACGUGUGACCUCAGACCUCUUAUUUCGUUUCCUGUUCUUUUGUUUUUUUUUCCCCCGGCAGAUCUGUGGGUCUAUACUACGCAGUUAUACAUAAGUUGAACAUUAUUGCAUUCUCUCAUUAUAAAACAUGCAGUGUUGUGGUACUAUACCAGGGGGAUAUAUCCUGCCAUGCCUCAAAGUUCUUUGAAGUACUUUUUCCAGUCACUACUUAUAUGGUCUGUUGCAAGUGAUGCGAUUGUACACAGCACAAUACAGUUUCAGUGAGGUGUGGCAUACUUGUUGGCCUGUAUUUGUUAUAGAUGGCAGGAGCCCCAGCUGCAUGAUGUACCUCAUUGCUAGAAGGGGUAUUAUGUGUAAUGGUUAGGUAAAAAAAAAAAAUUUGAGCAUCGCCUGCAGUAUUAACAAAAGAAAACGUGAUGCUCAAAAAGUGAUGCCCCAUAACUUUAACUGCAUUAAGAUAUUUGCAGCAUAUCCUACUCUGUGCCUAAAAACUCUGGCUAAAGAAUGCAGACAUAGAGUUUUACAGCUUGUGUAUGCAGGUGCUUGCUUUGAGAAGUAUAGAAGCAAUUUGAUGUAUUGGAAGAUGCCUGUAUGUAGAAGAGGCCUACGUAUGAAUUAUCAAAAGCACUUAAAAAUUAUGGAGCAUUACUUUUAUAGUAUACUUGUGCAUCUUGUAUGCCACAUUGACAGUGUUACACUUAAAUGUUGUCGAGGCAAACAUAAAAUUUUAUUUCAGCUUAUUGCACGUACAGACCAAAACAGGAAGCCGCUGGCAUUAAGCAGACGUGCCAUAAAAUGAGGAAUAAAUUAAUGCAACCUACUCAUAUUCUACUUGUGAGAUACUGAACUAUGGCAGACAUUCGUGCUCUAAUAGGGCAUUUUUGUACUCUCUUGUAUUGCAUGUGGAGCACUGACACUAUGCAAUUCUCUGUCACAGCUUAUACAUACAGGUUAUAGAUGUAUGAAUUUUAUCUUGUACUAAAAAAGAAAAAUAGUGACAAAAGGGCAUUUUGUUGCUUUUACGUGUUGUUUGUGUUUCCCAAUUAGGGAGUACUCAUUUUUUGCGUGGUUUAUCGAGCUAAAUUAAAUGUUCUACAUGAACCUGUCAUGCUUUUCCAAACCCAGUAUUACUGCCAACGAACCUAGUUACACCAAAGCUUAUGUUUGAGUAAUUUUCCAUUCCACCGAAAAUUGCACUAUGCCAGCAUAUUGUGUUACUCCCUGUUGUUAGGUUUCACGAUUGCCGUGUUCCGUGUCCAGUGUAGUAAAGCUCAGUUAGUAAAACCGUAUUGCACAUUUCCAUCUGUAACACAGAGAGCUCUUGGUUAUUCUCCACGAGUGCCUCUGGAAGUACCUCUGGAAGUACCUCUGCACUAGACUCUUUGGUUGCUUUAUCUUUGCAUCCCCCAUUUCCCUAUGCACUGUUUGUUGUGGAACACCUUUUUGCCUUGACCUGCGGAUGAAGCAGCACGAGUGCUUGCGAUAUUUUCGCUCGGAAAUGAACUGCAGAUGGAGGACAAUUGUUGUGAGAUGGGUAAUCCAAGCGAAAUAGGACAUUACGUCCGACCACUGUCUCUGCACCUCUUUUGAGAGGAUUACCAUCCCGUUGAUCAGGGCAUUUACGCAGGAAUGAGUACAAGUUUUCCCAAAACACCUUGUUGUUCCAUCUCUAGAGAUGUAGUGAUGACCGUACCAUUGCAAAGAUACACGGCCUGUCAUAAACCUGUCAGUGUGAGCGGUUUUAAAACAUACACGCCUUAUGAGACUAAACCGUUGAUGCGCACUUUCUCGUGCUUCACCUGAAAGAAACGUUUUCUAGAAGGUCGCGUGUCAGACGCUAAAACUAGCACUGUUUGUGCAAUAAUAAUAAUAAUAAUAAUAAUAACUUAAUAACUAACUAAUAACUUAACAUAAUAAUAACCUUGUCCGAAAGCCCAAAACUUGAUGAGCUAAUGUGGUGCUUGUUUGAAAAGGGUGGACACAGCACCGCGGAGCAGCCUGAUGCAGGUAGGGUCGGACUUUCGGAGGAUAACGUUCCAGUAGCUGUCUUCAAACUCCUUUGGAAGCACGUGCUUGUAAAAGUUGCUCCACAUUGCAGAAGACAAGGCGGUGUUGGAGUUCUUUUUGAAGAAGAGCACCUUCUCCACAGGGUUUUCUCCCUGGCGGCCCCAGUGGAUGCUGACUGACUGUUGACACAGAACAUUUUUUUUAUGUUUAGUUAUUUAGCGACGCUGUACUCAAGAACUGCAAUGAGGUUCCAGUUGUUCUCACUCCACACAGCUGACAAACAGGCAGUCACCAAAUUUUUUAGGCUGUUUAUGUGUGUGCUGUCAAGAAAGGUCUAUAAUUGCCACCUCACAUUAUUUUUCUGACCUUUUUUGCGUUUGUUUUGCUUGCCUUUACAGAUGUCAACUGCUCAGUGAUGCAAAUUCCUGACCAAUAAAAUAAAGUCAUCAUA